AUGGCGCUCUCAGCCGGUGAACAUCAAGCCAGACGACGACGCCGCUCGACGACUGCCCCGAGGCGUCGCAUAGUCUCGGACCCUUCCAUUACACCUAUCAUAAGACGGCCCAGCUUCCCCAGAAACCUACCAACUCGACGCAGAACUUCUACUUCGCCGAUAAGAAGCCAUACGUCCAGUCCCGUCCUCUCAUCUACGACAUCCGAAUCAAGCCCUUCCACGCCAGUCGUUGCCUUCUCAGCUCUGCAAAGGUCGACUCUCCCCAGGCCUUAUCGUGACUUUUCCCACUUCUUCCAAGCCAUGUGCCCUGCCUUGCGAAAUCGGAUACUCGGACAGGUCGACUGGGCCUCUUUGCACGGAGGGCCUUACUGGCGCAGUCAGUGUUACCAGCCGUGGCAUGCAUCGGACUCCUGCAAGACUGCCUUUAUCAUCCACGCCGAAGGGAACUUCCCAAAGGCCUGCGGACGACCAGCAGAGAGAGAAGAAGAAGAAGAAGGCAGAAGCAAAGGAGACGGCAAGAAGAACCCAUUAGCGACCGGAAAGCCUUCAGAGGCCACUUGCGCCAACAGUACAUCAUCAUCAAAGGGAUACGGGUGCUACCGCUGCCACACGGUCAAGCCCGAGGCCGCCUUUGAGAAGCUGCCCGACUACUUUGUCGUGUCAUCCAGCGGCUGCAUCGUCGGGCGGUACGCCGGCAAAGCAGCCGACGGCGACAAGGAGCAGUCGAGGCUCCCGACGUUGCGGAGCGGGGAGGGUCUCUUGCGGCGCUUCUGCAUCGAGUGCGGCGUCAGGGACGGGCUGUACGAGAAGCGGAAGCUCAUCACGUCGUUGACGGAGGAGAGGUGGUCGAUCUGCGACUGUCGGCGCUUGCACUGGGUGCCGUCGAACGAGUCGUACAUUGAGUGCGAGCAUUGUCUCGUCAAGAGCGCUUUUAGACCGCCGGUGUGA